GGAAAUCUCUUGCUCGAUACAAGAUUUGGUGCGUGGUACUCCAAUGGCAUUGAGUGAUAUUCCCUUGGAGUUAAAAAGUUUCAAAACAAAGAUGAUGGGCGCUAUAAGGAAUCUUCUCGGUGUUCCCAUUGCUCCACCUGAUCUGGCCCCUACAACCACUCUACACAAUCCUACAUCUAAGGACAUGGAAUCUGUGGAGCAUACUGUUCGUAAUUCAUUGCGAGUUCCUGAAGCUGCUGAUGAUGGUGUUUCUGUUGAAGGAAUUGUUAAUGCCUUUCCAUCAGAUCUUGUAGAUGUUGAUACACCCGUAGAUGCACCAGGCUUAAUGAAGAUCUGUCAUCAAGUGGCCAGAAGCAUGAGUGGGAGCCUCCACUUUGAGGACAAGGACAUGGAAUCUGUGGAGCAUACUGUUCGUAAUUCAUUGCGAGUUCCUGAAGUUGCUGAUGAUGGUGUUUCUGUUGAAGGUAUUGUUAAUGCCUUUCCAUCAGAUCUUGUAGUUGUUGAUACACCCGUAGAUGCACCGGGUAAGGGGGAAGCUGCAAAGGAUCAAACAUUGAGCAAUGUCAUCAUCGCAUGUAGCCUUGUAUCUCCGUCCAAAACCGCACAAGUAGCAGAUGUGAAUUAUACACAAGCGGACAUCUCACUCUCCUUUGAUAUCAUCUAGUCCUUUGGCCAUGCGAAUAUAGUGGAGUCUGAGUAUUGGGUUUCACCACAAGUAACUAAGUUUGUAUUUGCUCUUUUCUCUUAUGUCCAUCGCUAUAUGCCAAUUUGCAGGCUUAAUGAAGAUCUGUCAUUAAG